AUGCGCCCGUGGUUGUCGGCAGCAGGUGCCGGCAUGCAGCGUGUUACUCCGUCCAUGUCAGCGCUCUCGACCAAUCGCCAAGCUCGGGAGGGCCUGGUGAUGGUCAUGGAGGGGCGGACCAUCCCCCUCGCCUACGGGCACAUGGACGUCGAGGCGGAGGGCAAUAGUCUGUAUUGCAAACCGCCGGCAUUUUCCGUCGUGGUGUUAUUGGAUGGUGACGGCGGUCGAGUGUCCCGAAUGGUCGAUGCGGCGUCCUUGCCGCCGCCCGCCACGGCGAGAUGA